AUGGUUGGAACUGAUGAUGAAUGGAUUGAAUUGGCUGAAUUGCAAGAAGCUACUGCAAUGGAUUGGUGGGUGUUUAUAUUGACGAGAAGGGUUUAUGUCCAUGCAACAUUAGAAGUUGAUUUUUACAGCCAGUCUUGUCCUUCGGUUGAAAAAAUUGUUAGAUCAGUGAUAACAAAGGCUUAUUAUAACGAUUCUCGAAUAGCUCCUGCUCUGAUUAGGAUGCAUUUCCAUGAUUCCUUUGUUAGGGGUUGUGAUGGAUCUAUACUAUUAGACUCAACUCCGGGCCACGCGUCAGAAAAAGAAGCGAUUCCUAACCAAACCAUUCGUGGUUACGAAGUGAUUGAUGAAGCUAAAGCUAUGGUCGAAUCUCAAUGUCCGUCAACAGUUUCAUGUGCAGACAUACUCGCCUUUGCUGCUAGAGAUAGUACAACCCUUGCUUCAAAGAAAAUACUAUACCAAGUUGCAUCUGGACGUAGAGAUGGGAGGAUUUCUUUAGAGAACGAAGUAGCUACUAAUUUACCAUCUCAGUUCUUCAAUGCUACUCAACUCAUUUCAAAUUUCAAAUCCAAAAACUUAACAGCGGAAGAUUUGGUUAUUCUUACGGGUGCACAUUCAAUUGGAGUAGCACAUUGUGAAGCAUUCAUCAACAGGCUUUACAAUUAUAGCGCCGCAAGUGGCACUGACCCGACUCUGGACCCUGUUUACGCCGCAAGACUAAAGAGGAAAUGUCCUAGUAACACAACAAACUCUAGCAGUACUGUUGCACUUGAUAGUUUAACACCAAAACUUCUUGAUAACAUGUUUUAUGUAGGGCUUAUGAAGAAUUUGGGAUUGCUAAGUUCUGAUCAAGCUUUGCUAACUGAGGAAUUCCUACGAAUUAUGUGGAAACGAAUGCGAACAAUGACAAAUUGUGGGAAUCGAAAUUUGGUAAAGCUAUGGUGA